UCUGUUGCUCUCAUGGGAAACAUUUCUAAUUGUUUUCUAAUCUUUGUCUCUUGUUAAUUGUUUCCCAAUCGAUUUAAAUUAUGGAUUCUAAGGAUUUUCCAUCAAUAUUCAACUAUUUUAGUGAUAAAAUUGAUCAGAUAAAUGAUUUAGUUCCUCUGGUUAAAGCAUGUAAACUGGAAGGUGCAAGUGAAGGUAAUGACAAUUUGCCCAAACUUUCAUACUUAUCGGCAAUUGUCCAAGAGAUGGAGGAGAUGUUGGUUAUUGUUGAAACUGAAUUGGAUCGUCAAAAAGAGGAUCUAUUAACCAAGAAGGAUCUUAUAACAAAAAAGGUUGAAUCAGUCCAAGAUCAUUGUAAUUAUUUAGUUUCAUUUAAAGGAAAAUAUCAAGCUCCUAGAGAGAUUAAGGAGACUAUUCCAAUAGCUGCUGCUUCUGUUGUUCCGUCAAAAAUUGCCCACCAUUCAACUGUUGCUUCUCAUCAUCACCCGCCAACAGCGAAAGGUACAAGUAAAUCAGUUCGUAAGGAAGAUAAUCGUACUAAGAAAGUAACAACAUCAACAGUCUCUGAGAACAAUAAAGCUAAAAAUCAUCCAACAACCGAGUACAAGACAGUAAAAAAUAGAGAAAUACCAAUGGUAGAGCCGAUUAACAUGAAUGAAUUUGAUGAGAUUCCACAAUAUAUGAGAGGAAGGAUAACCCAUUCAUCAUUAAAUCAAGGUUUAGCUGCUUUUAUGGACACAAUUACUGCUAAAUAUCAACUUCUAUCAACCCAUAGUUCCAGAUAUACCGAUGAAGAUAUGAAAAGAGCUCAACUUUACAAGUCACAAGAAAACUCUGAUACCGCUGGUCAAUUAUUCUGUACAACCGAUGAUCUUAAAAUGUAUAGUAAUCUCAAAGAAACCAACACAACCAAAAUAGUAUUAACGUGUUUACGACAUUGUAGAAGAAUCAAAGAAAUCAGAGGCCCAGGGAAACUAAUUCGAUAUGCAGUUGUUAAACCCUAAUCGUCAACAAAUUCACUUAAUCAUGAGAUUAAAACUACCAUCAAAACCAAAAAAAAACUUCAAACAUCCCAUCAUUGGUGAGAUUUAACUUCUACCAAUCUAAAAAGGACCAUGAAAGCCAACCAUUGAUUGUGAUUAUGGGCUAAUCAUUUCGCAAAGAAUCAAAAUUUGUCUAAUCAGACACAAAAAAAGUGAUUAUGGAAACAAAAAGUGACAUUUUGGUGGAAAUAAAUUUUUUAUUUACAAUCAACAUGUUAGGAAAACUGUAAACAGUCAAUCACAGUCGCAAAAGUGUUAUUAAUUAUUGAUUAUCGUCUCAUUUUUGUGUAAUUUUUUUUCAUCUCAAUAUUAUUAUGCUUACUUAUAGUAUCUUAUUGUAAAUAUUUAUAUAUAUAAAUUUACCUACAAAUUGAAAGGUUUUAAUUGUAAACAUCAAAACCUUUACUAUUUUCCUUAAUUGGAAAAUAUUUCAUUUCAAAUUUGUAGGUAAAUUGUGUCUUCUGUAA